UUUGUAGGAAGCUAACUGAGAAACGAAGAAGAAAAUUAAAGAAGCAGAACUUAAAAUGGCGCAGAUGACGGUAACAGCCAGAAAUGAGAAAGUGGGAUCUUUCAGGCUGCUCAGCGGCCACAUCAUCCCAGCCAUAGGGCUUGGCACCUGGAAAGUCCAACACCCCAGAGAUAAUGUAUACGCCGCCAUUGUUGAGGGUGGGUAUAGGCACGUUGAUACGGCUGCCCAGUAUGGAGUCCAGCAGGGGGUAGGAGAGGGACUGAAAGCUGCCAUACACGCCGGAGUUGAGAGAAAAACUCUCUUUGUUACAUCUAAAUUAUGGUGCACUGACUUAUCACCUCAAAGGGUUCGCCCUGCACUCAUGAAUACACUUCAGGAGCUGCAACUUGAUUAUCUUGAUCUUUUUCUGAUUCAUUGGCCAUUCCACCUGAAGGAGGGAGCUAGCAGGCCUCCAAAAGCCGGGGAGGUCUCAGGCUUUGACAUGGAAGGAGUUUGGAGAGAAAUGGAGAAGCUUGUAGCAGAUAAACUGGUGAGAGAUAUUGGAGUCUGCAAUUUCACUGUCAACAAACUUAACAAGCUUCUAAGAAUUGCCAAGAUAAAGCCUUCUGUUUGCCAGAUGGAGAUGCAUCCUGGGUGGAGAAAUGACAAAAUGUUAGAUGCUUGCAAGGACAACAACAUCCAUGUGACGGCUUAUUCACCUCUGGGUUCAGAUGAACGCGAUCUUGUGCAUAACCCCAUGGUAGAGAAGGUGGCUAACAAACUGAACAAAAGCCCUGGGCAAGUUCUUGUGAAGUGGGCUAUUCAAAGAGGCACCAGCACCAUUCCCAAAUCAAACCAUGCUCACCGGAUCAAAGAAAACAUUAGCGUAUUCGAUUGGGAAAUACCCAAACAAGAUUUCGAAGCUCUUUCCAGUAUCCCAGAUCAGAGACGAGUUCUUGACGGGGAAGAUAUGUUUGUGAACAAAACUGAUGGGCCUUUCAAGAAUGUUGCAGAUUUAUGGGAUCAUGAAGAUUAGGUUCUGUUAGGGAGUUUCAAAUGGAAUAAAUUCUGGGAAAUUCAGCCUGUUUUCCUAUCCUCCAUAAUGAAGUUGUAAUAUAAUAAUCUUUCAAUUCAGUUCGUUCUGGAAAUCUUGCAUGGCGUUCUUGAUACAUGUAUGCAUGUACUACAUUCAGAUUUUAGUUUAAUUUGCUCAA